GCGCGGGGCGGGGCGGCCCCGCCCUUAGCUCCGCCUCCGCCCGGUCCCGGCACACCUGGCCCGCAGGUAGCCGGCGCCUGGGCACCUUUCCGAGUCUGGAGGGGCCUGCCGGCGGCUCGUCCGCCUGGGGCCCCCGGGGGGGUGGAGGCUUGGUUCCGGGAGGGGCGCCGGCAGGAGCCAUGGACCCAGGCGCGGGGGCCGCGGCCGGAGAGGGGCCGCCCGCGCCCCGGCCCCGCCGCCGCCGCUCCCUGCGCCGCCUGUUCGGCCGCUUCCUGCUGGCGCUGGGCAGUCGCUCCCGCCCCGGGGACUCGCCGCCCCGGCCCCGACCCCAGCCCCAAUCAGGACACGGCGAUGGCGACGGGGAGGGGGGCUUUGAGGGCCCGGAUCCAGCCGCGCCCGGAAGCCCCGGGGAGGAGCGCCGGCCCGGACUCCCCGCCGGCGACGGGGCGCGGCCCCCGGGAGCGCAGGGCUUGAAGAACCACGGCAACACCUGUUUCAUGAACGCCGUGGUGCAGUGUCUGAGCAACACCGACCUGCUGGCCGAGUUCCUGGCGCUGGGGCGCUACCGGGCUGUGCCCGGCCGCGCCGAGGUCACCGAGCAGCUGGCGGCGCUGGUGCGCGCGCUCUGGACGCGCGAAUACACGCCCCAACUUUCCGCCGAGUUCAAGAAUGCAGUCUCCAAGUACGGCACUCAGUUCCAAGGCAAUGCCCAGCACGAUGCUCUGGAGUUCCUGCUCUGGUUGUUGGAUCGCGUACACGAGGACUUGGAGGGUUCCUCCCGAGGGCCGGAGUCUGACAAGCUUCAACCUGAAGUCAGGAGGACCUCUGAGAACCUUCUGUCGCCAUCGGCUCAGCUUUCUGUGGGCCAAAGCUUUGUGCAAAGCCACUUCCAAGCACAAUACAGAUCUUCCUUAACCUGUCCCCACUGCCUGAAACAGAGCAACACCUUCGACCCUUUCCUGUGCGUGUCCCUGCCCAUCCCUCUGCGCCAGACGAGAUUCUUGAGCGUCACCUUGGUCUUCCCCUCCAAGAGCCAGCGGUUCCUGCGGGUUGGCCUGGCCGUGCCAAUCCUGAGCACAGUGGCAGCCCUGAGGAAGAUGGUUGCAGAGGAAGGCGGCCUCUCUCCAGAGGAGGUGAUCUUGGUUGAACUGUAUCCCAGUGGACUCCAGCGGUCUUUCUUUGAUGAAGAGGACCUGAAUACUAUUGCAGAAGGAGAUAAUGUCUAUGCCUUCCAAGCUCCCCCAUCACCUGGGCAGGAGAUGCUCUCAGCUCGUCCAUCUGGUCUGCUGGUCUCCCCACGCUUGGCAGCCCGUGAGGGUCAGCGAUUAUCCCUGCCUGUCCACAAUGAGACCACAGUGCUAAUCCUCUUCUGUAAUUUGGUGGGCUCGGGGCAGCAGGCCAGCAGGUUUGGGCCUCCUUUCUUGGUAAGGGAAGACAGAGCCAUCUCAUGGAUCCAGCUCCAGCAGUGCAUUCUCAGCAAAGUCCGAUACCUCAUGAAGAGCGAGGUCCCCAUACAGAACCUGGGGUCACUAUUCUCCAUCCGGGUCGUGGGACUCUCCCUGGCCUGCAGCUACUUGUCCCCACAGGACAGUCGGCCCCUCUGUCACUGGGCAGUUGACAGGGCUCUGCAUCUUAGGAGGCCAGGAGGCCCCCCGCACAUCAAACUGGCCGUGGAGUGGGACAUUGACACCAAGGAGCGCCUGUUCGGGAGCCCCCAGGAGGAGCGGGUGCAGGACGCGGACAGUGUGAGGCGGCAGCAGCAGGCCCACCAGCAGCACAGCUGCACCCUGGACGAGUGUUUCCAGUUCUACACCAAGGAGGAGCAGCUGGCCCAGGAUGACGCGUGGCGGUGCCCGCACUGCCAGGCCCUGCAGCAGGGGGUGGUGAAGCUGAGCCUCUGGACCCUGCCCGACAUCCUUAUCAUCCACCUCAAGCGCUUCUGCCAGGUGGGCGAGAGGAGGAACAAGCUCUCCACGCUGGUGAAGUUCCCGCUCGCCGGGCUCGACAUGGCUCCCCACGUGGCCCAGAGGAGCACCAGCCCCAAGGCCAUGCCAGGCGCCUGGCCUCCUUCCUGGAAGCAGCCGGCCUGCCUGCCCACCAGCUACCCGCUGGACUUCCUGUACGACCUCUACGCCGUCUGCAACCACCACGGCAGUUUGCAAGGUGGGCAUUACACAGCCUACUGCCGGAACUCUCUGGACGGCCAGUGGUACAGUUACGAUGACAGCACGGUGGAGCCGCUUCUAGAAGAUGAGGUCAAUACACGAGGGGCUUACAUCUUGUUUUAUCAGAAGAGGAAUAGCAUCCCUCCGUGGUCAGCCAGCAGCUCCAUGAGAGGUUCCACCAGCUCCUCCUUGUCUGACCACUGGCUCCUCCGGCUCGGGAGCAGUAACGGCAGCACAAGGGGCAGCCUGUUGUCCUGGAGCUCUGCCCCUGGCCCUGCACGGCCCCGGUUGCCCGAGUCUGCCUUCUGCACCAACAGCCUGCCCAGGCAGGAGAAGGGAGGCUUGGAGUCCAGGCCUUUGGCACGGGGCAUCCAAGGCCGCAGCAUCAGCAUGAAGGUGCCCACGCCUUCCCGAGCCAAGCAGGGGGCCUUCAAGACCAUGCCCCUCCGCUGGUCUUUUGGCCCCAGGGAGAAACCGCUGGGUGCAUCCAUCGAGCUGGUGGAGUACUUGGAGUCCAGACGGAGACCUCGGUCCACGAGCCAGUCCAUCGUGCAGCUGCUGACGGGCCCUGCUGGCGGUCACCAGAAGUCACACGCCACCCUCUCUGUGGAGAGUGAAGACAGUAGGCGAACCAGCGACACGGUGCUGGCCACAGCGCCCUGCCCCUCUGGCCAUCCUGGCCACUGCGUGGCCCCUGGAAACUCAGAUGGCCCGAAUGCAGCCAGGAAGCUCAAGGAAAACUCAAGUCAGGACAUUAGGCUGCCCAAACAGUUUGACUUGCCCCUCACGGUGAUGUCCUCAACAGAAGACGAUGGGAGACGAGCCCGGCCUGAGGGCCAAAGGACCACAAGCUGUAAGGGAAGUGGCCUAACCGGGAGCAGUGGCCAAGCACCCUCCCCCAAGGAGGGUCCCAAUGCUGCGACGUUACCUAGAAAGAGUGCAGACAGUCGCCCAAACAGCUCGGGCAAGAUGAGAGGUAAUGGGGAGAGAAGGGACCCCGAGACAGACAGAUUCCCACAAGGGACCCUCACCCUUCUGAGGUCUGUGUUUUGGAAGAAGGAGAUCAGGAAGAGGGACAGGCCAGAGGCAGCCCCCCAGGCGGCCCCCGUCUCCCUGGUGAGCGGCAGGCAGAGCCCGGCUGUGGAUGGGGAGGCUCGAGGCUUGUCUCCAUCCCUCAGGAUUCGAGAGAGCCUGGCCAGGGGCCCAGCCGGCCACCUGGAAAGAGAGAGGGACGUCCGGUCAGCGCCCAGCUCUCUGCUCCUCCCUCGCAAGACUGGCAGGCCCCCGAGGGCCAGCGCCCUGGGCACAUCACAGAGGAGUGUCUCCGGGGAGCAGACGUCUUUCGGUACCUUGCCAAAGGUGAAGUACCACACGCUGUCCUUACGUCGGAAGAAAACCUUGCCUGAGUCCAGCUUCUGAUUUUGCAUCCUGGGGGGCAGCUGCCAUCCUCUCGGCUCUGCACCAAGCACCUGUGGGCGAUCUGUGUUGAGACUGGGAUUGGGGGAAGCCAGUUGUCUUGACCCCUGAAAAUAAAAACUUCUGGUCUCUGCGUCUGUAUUUCCAACACCAAACAUCUGAAAAGACCUUCCUGUGUUGUUAGCUGUUUGUAUGUUUCCAGACCACCAGAGGGUGCUGGUUGGUCAGUAUAAUCAUUUCAGGGCAAGAACUGCUGUUUUAAGUAAUUCCAGGGCCUGCAUACUUGUAUUAAGGAAUGAUUCAUAAAAAUCUUCAGUACCAAAUCAAAUAUUGUCAUUGGCUUCUCCUAAACUUUUUUUUUUUUUAAAUAAUGGACUUAACAGGAAAAUCUUUUCCUCUUGAUGUUUCUCUGGGAUGAAGCAUUAAGGAUGCCAAAAAAGAAAGUGGUUAGCAACACUAAAGCAGGAUUCUAGAAUGAAUGGGAGAGAAAUGACUGAGAUUUUAGGAGAGUAUUUAAUAUAUAACAAUUGUAUUAAGGUUUUUCAAGGUAUUUAAAAAAGAUAACUAUUUUGAUACUAGGGGGAAAAGGAAGUUCUUGUUUUUUAAAAAAAUUAACUGUGAGAUCUAUGUACAAUUUUAAUAAAAGUUCAUCCAUGAAACAUGCAAAUAGCUCUCUGAAUUAUUCAAGUGAGACAAACGCUCUUGUUUCUGCUGCAUAAACU